CCAAAGCCGGAUCUCAGUCAAAAACAGUAGCUAAGUCCCUUUGCCCAGUGUGUAAGACAACAGAGCUUAAUAUGCACACAAAGGAACCACCUAAUCAUAAAACCUGUACACAGUGUAAAACUGAAGUGUGCAGCAUGUGUGGCUUCAGCCCUCCAGACUCUGAUGGGCGUGAGUGGCUCUGUCUUACCUGUCAGAUACAGAGAGCUCAAGGAGCUUCUGAACCACCAGGACCUUCCAUGAAAAAGCCAACACCCAACAAAGUUUCUGCUGCUCAAAAUCAGACACUAUCUCCUGCUGCACCCGUCAAAAAAGAGAUGUUAUCACCAGGUUCACCUCAGAAAUUGCAGUCUACAUCAGAAAAAGUGCCAGCCAAGGGCGAAACUGCCAAAGGACCAGAAAGUCAAAAACAGGCCAGCCCAGCUUCUGUUAAGAAAAUGACUCCUGAGACCCAGAGAACAUCAGGGUCUCAAAAACCAGACCAGACUAGUCAAACUGGACGCAAGCAAAGCAGUGCCCAGCAGGAGUCAGGAGGUUUAUUUGGCUUUGGUGGUUCUAAAACUGAAGCUGCAAAGCCUGGAGGGAUGUUUGGGUUUGGUUCCUCCAUUUUUAGUUCUGCAUCUACCUUGAUAGCCUCAGCUGUUCAGGAUGAACCUAAAACCACACCACCAGUUUCUCCCAAGAUGCAGUCUACAAAGGAGACCAAACCAGCUACUGUCCAAAAGUCAGUGCAAGACAAGAAACAAGAGCAAUGCCAGCAGGCCAAGGCUCAUCCAGUACAGGUCAAACUGGACAAAGCUUCACCAGAGACUCAAAAGGCAGAAACAGCAGCUGCCUCCCACAAUGUUCCUAAAGGAGGUCAAUCCACUUGUCCACUCUGUAAGGCGGUGCUCAACAUGGGUUUGAAGGAUCCUCCCAACUACAAUACCUGCACUGGAUGCAAAAGCACUGUCUGCAACCAAUGUGGAUUUAACCCAAUGCCAAAUGUCAGUAAGGGAAAGGAGUGGCUUUGUCUAAACUGCCAGGUGAAACGAGCUUCCGGCGAAAUUGAACCCCAAAAAGACACAUCUUUGGUCAAUUCCUCAUUUAAAAAAACUACUCCAGCACAGCCUGCACUACAAAAGACUUCUGCACCAGGCUCUCCUCAGAGAAAACUAUCUACACCCGCAGCACAACCAGCCAAGGCUGAAGUUGCUAAAGGACCAGACAGUUUUAAACAGGUCAGCCCAGCUCCUAGUCAGAAAACCCCUCAGGACAGCCGGAAGACAGGUCCUCAGAUACAACCAGACCAGACAAGCCAAGGUGCACAUAAGCAGGGAAAUGCUACUGCACAGCAAGAGUCAGGAGGGUUCUUUGGUUUUGGUGGUCCUAAAAGUCAGCCUGACGCUGCAAAGCCGACAGUGACUGGGAAGAUGUUUGGUUUUGGUUCCUCCAUCUUUAGUUCUGCAUCUACUUUGAUAACCUCAGAUGAGCCCAAAACUACACCGCCACUUUCUCCCAAAAUGCCUCCUCCAAAGGACUCUAAUUCCCCAACUGUCAAGAAACCAGAACAGGAGAAGAAACCAGAACAAACACAGCAGACCAAGGGGCCUCCGUCAGUACAGCUGAAAGCGGACAAACCUCCAUCAGAGCCGCCAAAGAAAGCAUCGGCUUCCCCAGUUGUUUCCAAAGCAGGCCAGUCUACCUGUCCUCUCUGUAAACUGGAACUCAAUGUGGGCUCUAAAGAUCCUCCCAACUACAACACCUGUACAGAGUGCAAAAACAUUGUCUGCAACCAAUGUGGAUUUAAUCCCAUAUCAAAUGUUAAAGAGGUGAAGGAGUGGUUAUGUCUCAACUGCCAGAUGCAGAGAGCACUAGGAGCAUCUGAGCCUCCAGGAACUCCAAUGAUAAAACUACAGGCAUCACCAAAUAAAGUCCCUGUACCUGCCAGUGCCCAAAAUAAGGAAACUCCCCCACUAGAUGAACCUCAAAAGAAAGACAUUCAAACACCAGCUGAAUCUAAAAUAAAGGAGACAUCUGCACCAGGUUCCAAACCACCAACACCAGCAGAGCAGCCAGCAAAGCAGCCAGCAAAAGCUGAAGUCUUGAAAGGACCAGAAAGUCAGAAACAGGUCACCCCAGCUGCUGGUCAUAAAACUCCACAGGAGGGCCGAAAGACAGGUCCUCAGAAACCUCAAGACCAGACAAGUCAAACUGGACGUAGGCAGAGUAAUACUACCUCAACUACACAAGAGGAAUCUGGCGGGUUCUUUGGAUUUGGUGGUCCUAAACCUCAACCUGAUGCUGCAAAGCCUGCUGGAUCACUGGGUGGAAAAAUGUUUGGCUUUGGUUCCUCCAUCUUCAGUUCUGCAUCCACUUUGAUAAACACACCUGUCCAAGAUGAUUCCAAAACAACACCACCGGUUUCUCCAAAGAUGUCUGCCGUGAAGGCAACCAAAUCACCUCUUGCUCAGAAACAAGAGCAAGAGAAGAAGCUUGAGUCCAAGACUUCUCCAUCACCACAAGCCAGACAGACAGAUCCUCCAAAAGAUGGAGCUGCUUCCCCAGCUGUUCACACAGCAGGCCAAUCUACUUGUCCACUCUGUAAGGUGGAACUCAACUUUGGCUCCAAGGAACCUCCCAACUAUAACAACUGCACUGGAUGCAAAAACACUGUCUGUAACCAAUGUGGAUUUAAUCCAAUGCCAAAUGUAUCAGAGGUAAAUGAAUGGUUAUGCCUGAACUGCCAGAUGCAGAGAGCUCUUAGUGCAUCUCAACUCACAGGACCUCCAAUGAAACCUCCCAAUACAGCGAACAAAAGUUCUCCAUCUGCUGUACAUCAGAAGAUAACAGCGGAUGCACCUUCAAUGAUGGAGACUCGAGUGCCUGAUACAUUUCAAAAGAAGGGGAGUCCCACACUAGGUUCUCCUCAGAAGACACAGGCUGCAGCAGUAACAAAGGCAACUAAGGCCGCUAAAGGACCAGAACGUGACACACAGGCAAGCCCAACUCCUGGUCAGAAAACUCCUCUCGAUAUCCGGGGGGCAUCAGGUUCUCAGAAACCAACUGACCAGGCAAAUCAACCUGGACUAAAACAGAGUAAGGUCACCCCAGAUACAAAGCAGGAGUCAGGACACCUAUUUGGCUUGAGUGGUCCUAAAACAGGGCCUGAUGCUUUGAAAACAACAGAGUCUGUGACUGGGAAGAUGUUUGGCUUUGGUUCCUCCAUUUUCAGCUCAGCAUCAACUUUGAUAUCAUCUGCUCAGGACGAAUCACGUACUACACCACCAGGCUCUCGUAAGAUGUCUUUACCAGCACAAGUCUCUCCCAAGAUGUCCGCUGUGCCCAAGAUUUCGCCAAAAAGUACACCAACAGUUUCUCCGAAAAUGUCGCCAGCAAGAGAGCCCAACAUUAUUGUUCAGAAACCAGAGCAGGAGAAGAAACCAGAACAAUCCCACCAAAGCAAAGAGGACAAAGCUCCUUUACAGCCUCCGAAGGCUGCAAUAAUCUCCCAAAUAUCUUCUAAUGCAAGCCAGGCCACCUGCCCACUGUGUAAGAUUGAGCUUAACAUCGGCUCCAAGGACCUUCCAAACUACAACAACUGCACUGAGUGCAAUGCAACUGUCUGUAUGCAAUGUGGAUUUAACCCAAUGCCUAUAGGAGAGGUAAAAGAGUGGCUAUGUCUUAACUGUCAGAUGAAAAGAGCAGUUGGAGCAUCUGGGCCUCCAGGACCACCCAUAUUGAAGUCCCAAACAUCACCCAGUGAAGUUCCUUCACCUGCUGCAGUCCAGUUGAAGGAUUCUUCCAAACCAACUACACCUCAAAUGAAGGACAGUCCAGGCCCUGCUGUACAAAAGAAGGAGACCUCAGAACCAGUAUCACAACAGAGAAAACAGUCUACACCAUCAGUGCAGUCAGGCAAACCUGAAGCUCUUACUGCACCAUUAAAAAAGGCCAACCCAGCACCUGAUCAUAAACCACCACAGGAAAGACAGAAGACAGGUCCACAGAAGCCACCAGAUCAAGCUAGCCAACCUGAUGCUGCAAAGCCUGCAGAGUCAGUAACAAAUAGGCAAACAGAACGUAAGCUGAGUAAUGCCACGGCAGCGACACAGCAACAGUCAGGAGGCUUCCUUGGUAUCGGUGGUGGUAAAACUCAACCCAAUGUUGCAAUGCCAGCAGAGUCAGCGACAGGAAAAAUGUUUGGCUUUGGCUCUUCCAUCUUCAGUUCUGCAUCUUCUUUGAUAACCUCAGCUGUUCAGGACCAGCCCAAAACAACUCCACCAGUUUCUCCCAAGAUGUCUCCUGCAAAAGUAAUCAAGUCCCCUAGUGCCCAGAAGCUGGAGCAGCAGAAGAAAACAGAGCCAUCCCAGCAAACAAAGACACCUCCAUCAGGACAGACCAAAUUGGACAAAGGCCCAUCAGAGCCUCCAAAGGCUGCAACAGCCUCCCUAGUAGCUGUCAAACCAGGCCAGUCUACCUGUCCACUCUGUAAGGUGGAACUUAAUGUGGGUUCCAAGGAUCCACCCAACUACAAUACCUGCUCUGAAUGCAAGAACACUGUCUGUAACCAGUGUGGAUUUAACCCUAUGCCAAACGAAACAGCGGUGAAGGAGUGGCUGUGUCUAACCUGCCAGAUGCAGCGGGCUCUAGGAGCAACACAGCCCCAAGGAGUUGCUUCUGUCAACUCUCAGAUAUCUGCAAAAGCACAAAAUAAAGACAUCAUCAGCCCAGCUGAAACUGAAAAGAAAAACUCGCCUCAGAGGAAACUGUCUGUAACAGCACAGCCAGCUACAGCCGAAGCUGCUAAGAAGUCAGAGGGUCAGAAACAACCCAGCCCAGUUCCUUCUCAGAAGAGGCCACAGGAUCCCCAGAAAACACCAGGUCCUAAUAAAUCACCAGACCAGAUAAGGCAAACAGAUCGUAAGCAGAGUAAUGCCACAGCAGCAACACAGCGAGAGUCAGGAAGCUUCUUUGUUACCGGUGGUGGUAAAACUCAACCCGAUGCUGAAAAACCAGCAGAGUCAGCGACAGGAAAAAUGUUUGGCUUUGGCUCUUCCAUCUUCAGUUCUGCAUCUUCUUUGAUAACCUCAGCUGUUCAGGACCAGCCCAAAACUACUCCACCAGUUUCUCCCAAGAUGUCUCCUGCAAAAGUAAUCAAGUCCCCUAGUGCCCAGAAGCUGGAGCAGCAGAAGAAAACAGAGCCAUCCCAGCAAACGAAGACACCUCCAUCUGGACAGACCAAAUUGGCCAAAGCCCCGUCAGAGCCUCCAAAGGCUGCAGCAGCCUCCCUAGUAGCUGUCAAACCAGGCCAGUCUACCUGUCCACUCUGUAAGGUGGAACUUAAUGUGGGUUCCAAGGAUCCACCCAACUACAAUACCUGCUCUGAAUGCAAGAACACUGUCUGUAACCAGUGUGGAUUUAACCCUAUGCCAAACGAAACAGCGGUGAAGGAGUGGCUGUGUCUAACCUGCCAGAUGCAGCGGGCUCUAGGAGCAACACAGCCCCAAGUAGUUGCUUCUGUCAACUCUCAGAUAUCUGCAAAAGCACAAAAUAAAGACAUCAUCAGCCCAGCUGAACCUGAAAAGAAAGACUCGCCUCAGAGGAAACCGUCUGUAACAGCACAGCCAGCUACAGCCGAAACUGCUAAAAAGUCAGAGGGUCAGAAACAACCCAGCCCAGUUCCUUCUCAGAAGAGGCCACAGGAGCCCCAGAAAACACCAGGUCCUAAUAAAUCACCAGACCAGAUACGGCAAACUGAUCGUAAGCAGAGUAAUGCCACAGCAGAAACACAGCGAGAGUCAGGAGGCUUCUUUGGUUUUGGUGGUGGUAAAACUCAACCUGAUGCUGCAAAGCCAGCAGAAGCAGUGACUGGGAAAAUGUUUGGUUUUGGUUCUUCCAUUUUCAGUUCUGCGUCCACUUUGAUAACCUCAGCCGUUCAGGACCAGCCCAAAACUACUCCACCAGUUUCUCCCAAGAUGUCUCCUGCAAAAGAGAUCAAAUCCCCUGCUUCUCAGAAGAAAGAACAACAGACGAAGCCAGAACAGGCCCAGCAGACUAAGACACCUCCAUCGGUCCAGCCUAAAGUAGGCAAAGCUCCAUCGGAGCCUCGCAAGGCUGCAGAGGCCUCCCAAGUCACUGUCAAACCAGGCCAGUCUACCUGUCCACUCUGUAAGGUGGACCUCAACAUGGGGUCCAAGAAUCCACCUAACUACAAUACCUGCACCGAGUGCAAGAACACUGUCUGUAACCAGUGUGGAUUUAACCCUAUGCCAAAUGCAUCAGAGAUGAAGGAGUGGUUGUGUCUGACUUGUCAGAUGCAAAGAGCUCUCACAGCAGCCGAAUCAGUAGUGCCUCCACUGAAGAAACCCCAGGCAUCACCCAACAAAGUGCCCCCACCUGCUUCUGCCCCAAAAGACGCCACUGCCAAUCAAAAGAAAGACAUUAUUUCCCCACAAAAAGCUGAAGUGCCAGACAAAAAACAGAAUGACAGUCCAAUAUCAGGUGCACCACAAAAGAAAGAAGAAUUUAAACCCUCAUUUCAAUUGGACAUUACCCAAACAUCAACCACUGCUUCAACACCUGCAAAACAGGUUUCAACCUCCACUGCAUCUCCCAUCAAAGAGACAACAGCAGUAGUUUCAGACCUCAAUAAACCACUGCCAGUUCAAGCUCAUCCUGUCAACACAGAUAUUGAAACUUCUCUCCAGAAGAAAAAGGAUAACACUCCACCAAGUUCUCCUGCACCUAAAGAAAUAUCAGAAAAGAAAGAGGAGGAAGCUAAAAUUGUUCAGAAAUCAGCUGAUCAACCACUCACAUCCUCUGAUGAAGUACAGCUCCCAAAAGCCCUAGACAAAGAAUCAAACUCUGUUGAAACAUCACUUGCCAAAUCUGCUCCUCCAGCAGAACAGCCAACAAAUCAAGAAUCAGGAGGUUUCUUCAGCUUUGGUAGUCCUAAAUCUCAGCGUGCUGCCUCAAAAACAACUGAAGCUGUGACUGGGAAGAUGUUAGGAUUUGGUUCAUCCCUCUUCAGCUCAGCAUCCACCAUGAUAACAUCUGCAGUCAAGGAGGAGUCCCGCACAGCACCACCCAGUUCCCGCAAAAUGUCUGCCCCAGCUCAAGUCUCUGGCAAGAUAUCAGCAUCGCAGAUUUCUCCAAAGGGCAGCCCCCCAGUUUCUCCGAGGAUGAUUUCAGCAAACGAGGCCAAACCACCUUCUGCUCAGAAACCACAUUCGGAAAAGAUAACAGACCAACCUCAGCAGGCCAAGGCUCCUCCAUUAGAACAGGCCAAAGUGGAGCCAUCAGAUCCUGCAAAACCAGAAGCCUCUCAAGGUGCUCCCAAAGUGGGCCUGUCUACUUGUCCACUCUGUAAGGCAAAACUUAACAUGGGCUCCGAAGAUCUUCCCAACUACAACACAUGCUCUGAAUGCAAAUCCACCGUCUGCAGCAAAUGUGGAUUUAGUCCUAUGUCAAAUGUAACAGAGGGGAAGGAAUGGCUUUGUCUCAACUGCCAGAUGCAGAGAGCACUUGGAGCUUCUGAACCUCUAGGCCUUCCCAUGAUAAAACCCCAACCUUCACCAAGCAAAGAGGUCCCUGCCACCACACAGAAAAACGAGACCUCAAUGUCAACUUCACAGGAGGACAGCCAUAAACCAGCCACACUCAAAAUUGAGCUUGCUGCAACAAUCAAAGAAACUGAAUCCCCAGCGCUUAGUGGCCCAACAAAGAAAGAUACCCCUGCAGCUGCUUCAUUGCCUGACAAAACUGUUCCAUCCACUACCACAAACACUGAUGUUUCACUGGCUUCACAAAAGCCUUCUGGAGAGACACCCAAAGGACAAUGUAAUAUACCCCCACAACAGUCUGCAAAAGCUAUGACUUCUUCUGCUAUGUUUGCUCCUCCAACAGGUCCAGAGGCAGUAAAGCCACCCCCACAACAGCCUCCAGACGCUGGUACUUCUCCUGCUAUGUCUGGUCCUCCAACAGAUCCAGAGGCAAUGAAGCCACCCCCACAACAGCCUCCAGACGCUGGUACUUCUACUGCUAUGUCUGCUCCUCCAUCAGGUCCAGAGGCAGUAAAGCCACCUCCACAACAGCCUCCAAACGCUGGUAUUUCUACUGCUAUGUCUGCUCCUCCAACAGAUCCAGAGGCAGGAAAGACACCACCACGACAGCUUCCAAAAGCUGGUACCUCUCCUGCCCAAUCUGAACCACCAGCAGCUCAGCCUGCAAAACAGGCAUCAGGAGGCUUCUUUGGUUUUGGUAGUCCUAAAGCACAGCCUACUGCAGCAAAGCCUGCUGAGUCAGUGACUGGAAAGAUGUUUGGCUUUGGGUCAUCUUUCUUAAGCUCUGCAUCCACUUUGAUAACCUCAGCUGUCCAGGAUGAACCUAAAACUACACCACCGACUCCACGUAAGAUGUCCACAACAGCCCAUGUCUCUCCUAGAGCUACACCACCAGCCUCUCCUAAAACGUUACCUGCAAAGGACACCAAGCCACCCGCUGUCCAGAAAACUGAGGAGAAAAAAACAGAGAAACCUCAGCAGGAACAAGCCAAAGUGGACAAAGCUUUAUCAGAACCCCCUAAGGCACCAACAGACAUCCAAGGUGCUUCAAAAGCAGUUCUGUCCAUCUGUCCACUCUGUAAAGUCGACCUCAACAUAGGCUCCAAAGAUCCUCCCAACUACAACACCUGCACAGAAUGCAAGACUACUGCCUGCAACCAAUGUGGAUUUAAUACGAUGCCGGUUGUGGCAGAGGUAAAAGAAUGGCUUUGUCUGAACUGCCAGAUGCAAAGAGCCCUAGGAGCAUCUGAGCCGACUAAAGGUCCUGUAGUGAAACCACUGCCCUCCCCAAGCAAGGUUUUUACAACUCUUGGCGCUGAACAGAAGGAUGUACCAACAUUAGUCCAAAAGGAGAAGUCUACCGAAUCUACAGUAGUCAAAAAAGAGGCAACUCAAGCAACGCCACAGAAGAAAGAAACCCCUAAAACUGAUGCUCCAGUGCCGACUGCAGUCCAAAGGACGGAGACACGACGAGGUUCCGUGCCAAAGACACACGUCCUUUCAGGUACUGAACAAGGACAAGGUCAGGAUGGGGCUGGCAAGCAGCAGCCUGAUGAAAAAUCCCCACAAGUGCAGCUUUCACAAACUCUAAAGCCACAAGUGAAUGCAGGUCUUGCAAAACAACAAGCUGGAAAACCACCACAACAGCCCUCAAAAUCUGCAACCCCUACUGCCAAAUCUGUACCAGCGCCAGCUCAGCCUGCUAAACAGGAGUCAGGUGGCUUCUUUGGCCUUGGUGGUCCUAAAACACAACCUGCUGCUGCAAAGCCUGCUGACUCAGUGACUGGGAAGAUGUUUGGUUUUGGUUCCUCUAUCUUCAGCUCUGCAUCUACGUUGAUAACCUCAGCUGUUCAGGAGGAACCUAAAACUACACCACCUACUCCACGUAAGAUGUCCACUACAGCCCAUGUCUCUCCUAAAGCUACACCUCCAGUUUCUCCCAAGAUGCCACCUGCAAAGGACUCCAAACCACCUGCUGCAAAGACAUCAGAACCACCUCAACAGGCCAAGCCUGCUCCAUCAGCACAGGCCAAAGUAGAGAAAGUUCCACCAGAGCCUCCAAAAUCCACAGAAGUGACCCACGUUGCUCCUAAAGCAGCUCCAACUGAGCCUCCCAAGGCUGCAGAGGCCUCCCAAGUCACUGUCAAACCAGGCCAGUCCACCUGUCCACUCUGUAAGGUCGACCUCAACGUGUGCUCCAAGGAUCCUCCCAAUUACAAUAUGUGCACUGAAUGCAAGAACACUGUCUGCAACCUUUGUGGAUUUAACCCAAUGCCUCAUACAGGAGCGAAGGAAUGGCUGUGUCUGAACUGCCAGACUCAGAGGGCUUUGUCUGGACAGCUGGGAGACUCAGGAAAAAUGCCCCAGCUUUCACUUGUUUCUGCCAAGCCAGAGACCCUGGCCACACCUGCAACCAAGCAGACACACCGCAAAACUUCCCCUACAAAGUCAGAACCUACACCUGUGGCCACAAAAUCACAGCCCACACCUGCCCCCAUCAAGGCAGUACCAACAGGUCCAACCCCAAAAGCAAAGGUGGAACCUACAUCUGUCACCAUGGAAACUACGUCUACAGCAGAUUCCGCACAAAUCGAGAUGGACACCACACGCAUACCCACAACAGUAAAGGUUUCACCUGUUACAGCAGAAAAACAACCUUUAGCAGCAUCCACAGCAGGACCCAUUAUACCCACUAUGGUCAUUGUGCAACAGACAGCAGUAACACCAAAGGUUGAAGGUCCAAACACAGAUGUUCCCAAGACUGUAACAGUGGAAAAUAGAGAAAAGGCAGUGAAAGUGGAGCUCAGUGAAACAGAAUUUCACAAAGCUCAAGAGUCUAAACCUGACCUUCCAAAAGUCAAAGUUGAAGCAAUUGUAGCUGCAGCUUCCUCGUUCCCAGUGACUGAAGCUACAGUUGUACCUACCUCCCUUAUUGCUGCAGAGGUUGCUAUGGCUGGAGUUUUCCCGUUGCCUGAAACAAAGCCAGAAUUGUCUGCUCCAGAGAAGACUAUUAAGGGAGUACAGCCUGAUGAUUAUAGCAAACUGACAGAGCCAACAAAAUCUUUACAGCAAGUUGAGGUGCAACCAAAGUCACAAGAACCGCAAUUGGUAUUGGAAGUAGAACCAGUCACAGCAGCUGACAGUAAGGAAAUGGCCGAUACGUUGGUUGAAAAGAUAAUUGACAUCCCCUCAACUCCAGGGACACAACCAGUAUCUACAAAAAACAUCAUCAUAAAAGAGCAAGAUGAAAUCAAAAAAGAGCCAACGAAAGAAGGAAAGGUCUUCCUACCUACUGGGAAGGUUAAAUUGGAAACAACUGUUGUCCAUGUGACAUCUACAAAGCCUGAAUUCAAAGCAAAGGAGCAUGAUGAUGACCAACCCCAUAUUUUACCCAUAUCACAGGAAUUAAAGGAUGGGCAGGUGGUUAGUGAUACACAUCAAAAUGAUGUAAAUACAGAUCCAUCUAUUCCAGUAAAGGAGGAGGUUAAAGCUGAGAGAAGACGCCUAAGCUUCCAAGCAAUUGUUGAGAGCAGUGGAAGUGAGCUCACACCCUCACCACAAGUCCAGAGGAGAAGGCUAAAGGUCAGCAAUGUUUCAUCCAGCAGUGAGGACAUUAAAACUGAAAGCGCUGACUCCUCUAUGGAAGAUGAAGAAUUCAUCCGCAAGCAGAUAAUGGGUAUGGGUGAUGAGGAAGAAAUGUCUCUUUCAGAAGAUGAGAAAGAAAAUAAUUUAGCAGAUGGGAAAGCUAUCAAAGAGGUUGAGCUUGAUAAUGCUUCAGUGGCAGCCAAAUCACUGUCAAGAAAAAGUAGCACAGAGAAUGAAGAAAGCUCAGCCAGGAAAAAAGCCCUCCCGAAAACUGACACUGCAACUACCCAAGAUGUUCCUGAAACAAUACCCAGCACUACUUUCAAGAAAGUUAUUUCAGUCAUGAGACAAAGACAAAGCACUGAUGAAGAAGUAGAGAGCAUCACAGAAUCCCUGUCAAAGGGAUCAUCUAGUGUUCAUGUAUCUAGCUUUACCCCAGGAUCUUCACCCACGUCAGCUUCAUCUCUGGAGGAGGAUAGUGAUGGCAGCCCCAGUCACAGGAAAGUCAGUGGGGACAAACAGCAUCGCAAAGGUAGGCACAGGCAGCCAACCCAGCCUCUCCCCACCAUUGAAGACUCCUCUGAUGAAGAGAAGACUAGGGAGGGAGAGAAAUCUAGGAAAGACAAAUAUGAACUAAGAGCCAAUGGCCAACCACUGUCUCCAACUGAAUAUGCUUCCUCCACAGAGAAUCUGAGACAAAUCACCGUAAUGGAUGAAAGCAGUAGAACAUCUGGCUCUGAGUACUCUGCCAGUAUAGAAUCAGAAGCAGAGGCUAGACAAGCUGUACAGAGAGGACGUAAGCCUUCACUAACAGUGAUCCCAUACACUCCUGAUCCAUUUAAAGAGAUGGAUUCUGUGAAAAAAUCAUUGAAGAGUGCCGAAGAAGCAUAUGAGGAAAUUAUUCAGAAAACAAAAGCUAUUCCAGGGGAGAGUCCUCCUGAUAUUGAGCCACUCUAUGGAGGAAUGGCAAUAGAAGACUAUCUUUAUGAAUCCUUAGUUCAGGAGCCUGAAAUUAAGAUUGGUGUAUCUCAAGAGGAAGAAUUUAAACAGGAUACUAGCUCUGAGUGUCUCAAAAAACUGAGGUCUCCAGAGGAGGUUUAUGAGGAGAUGAUACAGAAAAAGAGAGAAUUGAUGAUGAUAGAGCAAGAGUUUCAACAGGCCCAGACAGCCAUGGAAUCUUCCUCAUCAGGGGCUUCAGUCACAGGGCGUCCCUUGUUUGAUGAGACCUGUGUUGUGACCAUACCCACAGAAGAGAUAUCCCUCACUGAACAAAUUGAUAUACCUCUUACAGCCACUGAAACUUCAAGUGAAGUGCCAGUGAAGAAAAAGAAAAGGCCAGCUCCACCACGGCCCACCGAACCCCCUAAACGGUCUGAGGUGACUGUUGUUCCCAGUACUCCUACUGGAUCUAUAGGUUUUGUUAGGCCUAUGGUUCCUCAAGAUCCUGCACUCAAAAAGUCAUUGUUCCCCAUACCAGACCUCAAGAUCACACAAUGUUCAUCUGGGGAGGAAGAGGAUGACAGUCUUGCAGAUGAGUAUGGUGUUGGUAUUUCCUCUGACAUUACCCCCAGUGAUGACUCUGAGACUAAGGAAGAUCCAUCCAUAAGCCCACCUUUGUCUGAAACCGCUGAAAUGGAGCCUGUCUGUGUGGUGUGUGAAAUUCCAGAGCCAAAACCUAUUCCAACUCCAAUAUCAGCCCCAGAACUAACAGCUACACCCUCCCCCGUAUCACCAAUGUCACCUCCAACUUCACCAGCCACACCAGAUUCCAGUUUGGCUUCAAAUGCUACAUCUUCAUCCUCUUUCCAGGCUCAAACACCUCUUUCAUCAGAUUCAACUCCACUAUCUACACCAACACCUCCAACUUCAUUUGUAACCCAGUCACUUCCAGAGAUCUCUCCACCAUUGCCUGCUACAACUGCAGCAGUACCGUCUAUUGGGAGCUUAGUCUCUCAUCCCACUCCAACCACAGGUAUAGUUACCAUACCAGAUGUGGUGUCUGAUCCAUCCAAUGCUCAAGAAACUGCAGUAGUUCAAGUUAAGGCUUCUACAGCUGAAGCCCCAAAUCCAGCCCUAUUGGGGAAGGUAACUCCUGUACCUGUCGUGGUCCAAAUGCCAGACUUGGUUUCAUCUCCAUCUCAGGUGCCUAUGGAGGCUCCAGCUGUUAUGCAGGUCUCAGCACAGAGUCCAGCACCUAUCGUUGUCUCAGCUCAACCUACAACCAUAGUUACAGCUACACCUGUUGCAGUCUCCACACCAGCUUCAACCAAUGUUGUUUCUGCUUCUGUCACUCUGGCCUCAUGCCCUGGGCCAGUCAUAGUCCAGAUGCCUGACCUGGUUUCAACUACAUCUCCAAUCUCUGCACAAACCCCACUACCAGUUUUAGCACUCAUAACUACCCCAGCUCAAGCCCAAACCAAGGUGGUACAUGCAGUCCCUUUACAAGCAGCCAUCCCAUUAAUGAGCCCAGUAGUAAUGCCAGCUCCAGCUCAAUCAGCCCAUGUGUCUGCACCAGCUCCAGCAUCAACUACUAUUAUCAAAAAGAAGGUACCACCCCCUCCUCCCCCUCGGUCUACUUCAGUGACAUUACCUGAGCCUAACACAAAGCUGCCACUUGUAAGGACUGUCCAGCAUGUCACCCCUACUAUAAGCCACACCAUAGAUAGGGGAACCACAGUGGCUGACCAUCCAAUGCGGUCUGUAUUUGUGGAUAUACAGCCAAGAAUGGAAGACAUACAAUCAGAUAGUGUGGCUGUACCUCAAGUAGUGAGCCCAACCAGACAGGGGCAUGUUGUCAUCAUAGUGCCAAGUGUAGAAAACAUAUCUCUGCUUGGCCAAACCCAACACGAUAUAUCUAGCACAAUAGCUGCCACUGCUUCUCUGCCACAAAGUAGUCAAAUAGCUUCAGAUAUACCCAGCACAGAUACAGCUGCACUAUCCACUAAGGUGUCAGCAGUGUCAGUAGCUUCUGCUCCACCACUUCCGCCUAAACCUAUGGCAGGGACAAAAGUUAUGGACACAGUAGAAAUACCUGUAGCAGAUACACCUCCGCCACCUCCAACCACUUUAUCCAAGCCAACUGUUUAUCCAAAGCAGUUGGUUUCCACUGCAGUGACGAUUGCUACAGCAACAGUAGCACAAGUUUCUGAUACAACAACUAGCCCUAGUCAAACCGCCAAGCCUCCUCCACCCAUACCACCUAAACCUAUAUCAAUUCCAGCUGGACUGGUUUUCAGCCACAAGCCAGGAGAGAGUGUCAAGCCACCUCCCCCUCCUGUGGCCCCCAAAGCUGCAACACUACCCAGGACCAAAGAACCUCCAAAUGCUCUGUCACUAAGCCUGACACGACCUGUGGAAUCUAAGUUGGGUGCAACAUCUCCUAAGUCUCCUUUGUCUCCUAGACAUGCAAAAUGUUUGCAAACCUAUGUGGUGAUAACCCUUCCAUCUGAGCCUGGCUCACCUACAGAGGGCAUAACAGUCCAGGCACCUGUAAGACAAGGCUCCAUCCCAUCUACAAAAGUGUCAGGGGUACGGACCACACCUUCAGAGCAGAAAACACCCACUGAGGCAUUCUCGGCACAGGCUACAGUUAGGCGAGCCUCUGUCCCGACUGUAAAGUAUCCACCUCCAAUAUUUAUAGCUCCAACAGUGGCAGUACAGCAAGUGCCACCCUCUGAAGAAGUGGCUAAUACAGUGCAAGCCAGGAGAGACUUAGUGCCACAGACAUCUGUCACUGAUGUCACGGUAGUGUCAUCAGGUCAGGACGCAUCUAUUCAGGCACAGAGUGUACCUUUUCCAAUUAAGAAACCAUAUGUGCAACAGCAACAAUCCAUUCAGCAACUGCCACCACCUAAAACAGUGUAUGAGGUAAUCACAAUGCCCCCGGAGCCAAAGGUUCUUAUUCAACCCUUAACAGUCCAAGCCACAGCAAGAGCCCAGUCUAUACCACUUGUUGCUCAACAACCAAACAUAGUCACAGAGGUCAUAACAAUUCUGCCAGAGGUUCCAGCUGAAGCACUAGUUCCUCAGGCCACAAAACCAAGUGCACCUGUGCAGCCACAGCCUCUGACAGAUGUUGUUACUGUACCACUGCAGCAUGAGAUACCUUUAGUUACACUAGUUCCCCAAGAUAUACCUGUUGCAGUCCCCUCAACUGUUCUUUAUCCACAAGCUUCAACCCAAGAAAUGCUACGCAAAGAACAGGAUAUGCCUACACAUGUCAUAGUCACUGAGCCAGUAAUGGUAAGAUCACCAAUACCAGGAGUAAGUCAGCAAAUUCCAGCUCAACAGCUAUUUCCAGCAGUUGAAGCAGUGACUCACUCUAUAGAGCAAGAAUUGCCUACAUUUUUUAAUAAUCCUCCUACUUUUGCCGAAAUCCCAUCAGUACCACAAAUUGUUCAGCCUUUAGAAGUUCUGCCUCUAGUGACAGGGCAGCUAUGUUCGCAACAACCACUUCUUGUAGCUGAAGGUUUGACCCUCCCUACAAAGUUUGAAUUACCUACAGAGAUUAUUUCAACUGACAUUACUGUUAGAAUACCAGGAGCAGCACCAGUAUCUCCAGUACCUCAUUCUCUACCUAUAGUUGUUGAUGUUACCCCAACACCAGAAGUAGCUAAGUUAAUGCCACCAUCUGCAGUUGCUAAGAUAUUAACUCCUGCAAUUGGUGAAGUAACACUAUCACCUGUAGUCACAGAAGUCCACCCAAUGGCAGCACGGCCAGAAGUACCUCAUGUUACUUAUAUUCCACAGGUCUAUGGAGCAAUGGAGGUCAUAGCAUUGCAGCCUGAACGAGAUACAACCACAGAUAUUUUAACGAAGGAUGAUAAUGUAAAAGCUUCAAUGCCAUCAUCAGUGUUGCAGGCCAAGGAGUUGGCUGGGAUGUCAGUUAUUUCAACUGGGGAAACCACCAGUAGGAGGACAUCUAUAUCAUCCAUAGUACAACCAACAUACACCACGAGUGAGAUUUUUACAUAUCCUGCAGAGUAUGAAACACCAACGCAGGUGGUUACGACUGACGCCUUUGCUGCUACCAGGAGAGAAUCCAUAACUAUGCAGCAAUCAUUACCAUUGACACAUAUUGUAAACAUGCCAGCUGAAAAAGAUUUUCCUAUUGAUGGUUAUGCUGUUCAGUUCCCCUACAGGAGAGGAUCUAUUCAUUCAACAGAACAAAGACCACAGGUAUUAACUUAUUCAUCGGAAUAUGAUCACCCUCUGGAGAUAAUAACCACUGAGGCAUACACCAGGAGAACCUCAAUGCCUGCUGCACAGGACAUUCCACAUGGUGUAUCUGUGGCUCCAGUCACUAUCACUAAAAUUCAGCAAGAGUCCAUUGAGAGCCAAGAGAUUCGAGGACCAGAAAAAGUGGUCGCCAGUAUGAGUCACAGGUAUUCAUCUUCAAUUUCCACCUUAGGCCAGCCUCCUGAAAGCCUGCCUAGCCUGGUCACUCAAGUGGUCACCACUGAGGUCCAGAGGACCACUGUUUCUGUUGUUCAUGAAAGACUUCCACAAGUCCCUCAUCCCAGUGUAGCAAUCACUAUACAACCAGACAUAGCUAAAGUCCAACCUCUGCCGAAACAGAAUGGGAAGAUAAUCUACCCUGGUGAUGUUAUUGAUUUACGUACCAUGAAGAUUGGCAUAAAGAUGACUGAACAAGGCAUGGACCUGACACCACCUGAGUCAUGUCGACAGUCUUUUUCAAGUGACUCUACUGGACGUCAAAGCACAGCAGUGCAGCCUGAGAUAGUCAAUCUUAGUACAGAGAUCACCCCUGCAACCACACUGUCUGUGGUCACUGACAGCAUCACAAUUGUCACAUGCACAGCCACCAUUGCCUCAUACAACAACACUCCAGCAGAGAAACCAUUAGAUUUGCAGGGCCCUGGUACAUCAUUGCCUCUGCCUCUCACCACAUACAAACAAUUCGAACCACUAGCUCAGAUUGUAUACAGACCUGUGAAUUCCCAGCCCGUAGUCAGUGCUGUAGCAUCCGCAGAUCAAGACAUACCCAUUAAUCUUUCCUUCGGACCUCUGGUUUCCUCAGGAGGCAAACAGCUAAUGACUUCCCCAGCAGCUAUCAGCAAUGGAGGUCCUGUCAUUUCUCUAGAGGCCACAGGGGCCAUGGAUCUGUCCAACUACAGACCAGUGAGAGCUAUGGUAGCUUUGUCUGACACAAGCCCAGGAGUGGUGACCACUGUUGUAGAGGAUGAUGGGACUCCAGUUGACCUUACAGCUGGUAGGAGGAGUGUAUGCUGUGAUGUCAUUUACAAGCUACCAUUUACAGGAAGCUGCAGAACACAGCCCCCAGUUACAGCCCAGCCUGACAACCGUUUCGGCUAUAGAGAUGACCACUACCAAUAUGAUAAUGCUGGACUGUAUGGUAUCAAAGGCAUGAAUGGCAUAAAAGCCUCAAUGUCUGAAACUAACCUGACUGAGGCAGGACUGUUCUCCUAUGAUCCCAGGAAUGACUAUGACUAUCUUAGUGGAUCUUCAGAUGGCGCUAUAGAUCUCACUGCUGCUAAACUUUCUGCUGGUAAAGCUCUAGACUACACUAGCAAAGCUACUGGAGUCUACCCUGGGAUGACUACUGCUCCAUAUUCCCAGGUUCCAACAGCUGGGUUUGGGGUAAAUGGUGUUCUAAGAACCUCAGAUGGAAUAGUUUACACCUCUGUUGCUGCUCCAGUUCCAUCCACAUAUGCAAUUACAACUCAACCAGGCUCUAUCUUCAGCACUACCUUAACACCUAUGUCAACAGUCCAGAACCAGUCAUUGCCGCAUCCAUACGGCUUCAUUCCCAGUACAGACCCUGGACAGAUAAUUCCUUUUGACACAGGGCUACCAAAAGAGCUUCUACCCACAGCUUUGGCUGACAUCAUAACAGGCUAUCCGGACAUGUACUCAGACACCACCCUGGAAGCAAUUGCUGCCUCUCUGGAUGCCUUAGCCUCUUCUCCAAUAUUCCCUGGCUUAGACAAUACCAAGAUGGCCCAGUAUCAGAUGGAGAGGGAGUUUCUAGAGCUAGAAAAGCUUAAGCAGCUUUGUCUCGCUGAGGAGCUUGAGUGGGAGAGGCAGGAGAUCCAGCGUUACCGUGAACAGGAGCAGCUUAUGGUCCAAAGGGAGCUUGAGGAGCUUCAGGCUCUUAAACAGCAGCUUCUCAUGCAACAAGAGGAAGAGCACCAUGCCCACAUGGUGGCCCAGCAGGAGACCUAUGCCCAGCAGAAAGAGCAGUUGCAGCAAAUCCAACAACUCCAACUGCAACUCCAGCGCCAGCUUGAUGAGCACUAUGGUAGUACUGGUACCACAGGAAACCUCCUAGAUGCUAAAUAUGCAGGGGUAGGGGACAGUGGCCAGUACUGGCCUGUCAAAGAUGAGUCUACAACUUCAACUAUUGGGACACAGUUAGAGAAAAGUCAGGACCAGCUUAAUAUAGUAAAGAGGCUUCAAGCUGAUCAGGACACAGGGAAAAAAAUAAUUGAUAGUGGAGUGCAGACAGAUGAUGAAGACUCAGCAGAGAAGCAGCACGUAGGAAGGAGAAAGAAGAAUAAGAGAAAUGUUGACAGCUCAGCUCAGACUGAUGAUGAGGACCAAGAUGAAUGGGAUGCUCCCACAAAAGCACGAAGACGCUCUCGAAAACAUAGCAGUGAUGGGAAACAUGGCUCCAAGGUCUCUAGCAUUGCUAUCCAGACAGUGGCUGAGAUAUCUGUCCAGACUGACCACUCUGGAACUAUCAAACGACCCAAUGUCCAGAUGGACACCAGGGUGGAAAUCAUCAAGCAUAUCUCAGCUCCAGAGAACUCUCAGAGAGGUGGCAGUCUGAGCUGUCAGACAGACUCAGAUAGAAGGCACACACCCAUUGAGGUUGGCUACAGCACACAUCUAACAGCAGAUGUCCCCUCUAAGUCUAAAGUCUUCUACACCUCAGUCUCCCCCAUGUCCCCGGAAAAGUCACUUGGAGGGCAGAGAAUGCUGACUGCUGACCCAACCAGAUUUUCCUCUGGCCCUCGAACAUUAAAGGCUGGUCAGAAGUCUCUGUCUGAUCCUAAAUCCCUUAGUCCUGCCACAGACGACAGGAUGGGUGGAUACUAUGCAGACAGCUAUUCUAGCCGAGGCUCUCCCUCUGAUACAGGUAAGAAGGUAAAGCGGACACUACCAGACCCGCCUCCUGAGGAUGACUCUCUGUCAGGACGGUCAGGCUACAUCACCAACUCUGCUCGUCGUCGUCUUGCCCGCAGUACAACAAUGGCCCGGGCAAAGAUCCUACAGGACAUUGACAAGGAGCUUGAUCUGGUGGAGAGAGAGUCUUCUAAACUUCGCAAGAAACAAGCAGAGCUAGAUGAAGAGGAAAAGGAGAUUGAUGCCAAGCUACGGUACCUGGAGAUGGGUAUCAAUCGACGUAAGGAGGCCUUGCUGAAGGAGAGAGAGAAGAGAGAGAGGGCCUAUCUCCAGGGGGUGGCAGAGGAAAGAGAUUACAUGUCAGAUAGUGAGGUUAGCAACAUCAGAGAGGCCAGGGCUGAUGGCCUGGAGAGACCACGGACAGCUCCCCAGUCUGAGUUUGACCAAUUCAUUCCCCCUCAGACAGAAGCUGAUUCCCAGUACAACACACUAACUAGUCCCUACUCUCACUAUGCCCAGUAUGUUCCCCAGACCCAAACUACCAGCCAUUACACCCAACAGAACCUAUAUCAGCAGCAUUCUCUUUACCAACAACAGGUGUCUCCUUACGCAACCCUGUCCCUCUCCCAUGCCCAAGCUCAGUCUAGCAGCUACCAACAUGCUUUGCUUUUGCAACAGGGAAAGCAGCGACAAUCUACCCUGUCUGAUUUAGAGCCUACAAUCACCACCAACUAUGAAGUAAUACAUAACCAGCCUCUGCUCAUUGUGCCAACCUCCACAGAAAGUGGUUAUGGAGUUGCUCACCUGGGGGGCAAGUAUGGCAGUUUGGACUUGAGGCUAGGGCUAGGGGAGAGGAGCAUGGCCUCUAGCCCCAUGUCUAGCAUUUCUGCUGAUUCCUUCUAUGCCGAUAUUGACCACCACAAUUCCAGGAACUACGUGCUGAUAGAGGACAUAGGGGAGCUCACCAAGGCCUCAACGGGGCUGGGCAACGCCGGCUUGGGUUCUGGAUUCAACAUGCCUGAUAAGGAGUUGUCCAAGGCUGACAGACUACUCAGGGCAGCAGAAGUCAGGCGCACAGCAGAGGUGGCAGAUUUUUUAGGCUCAUCUCGACUUCAGGGUUAUGGUAAAGGAGAAGAUGACACUAUGGAGGAGCCUUAUGAGCUGAAGCUACUAAAGCAGCAGAUAAAGCAGGAGUUCAGGCGAGGAACUGAAGGACUAGAACACUUAACAGGCCUGGGCCUGCCUCAGUAUCUCCCCAGUGAUGGCAGUUUUCGCCACUUCCCUAAAGGAGAAAAAUAUAGCAUCGGCAGGCUCACCCUUGAAAAACAGGCUGCAAAGCAGCUCCCAGCAGCUGUGCUUUACCAGAAACAGAUGAAGAACAAAAAGGCCUUAAUAGACCCUAAGGCCAUUACAAAAUGUUCUCCAAUUCAGGAGAGUAGGGACCUGGACCCUAACUUUGGAAGCUACAUGGGAUCUGGGGCCUCUUCUGUGACCAAUCUGGCUGCUACAGCUAGGUUGCUUCAGGAUGAGAUUACAUUUGGGCUAAGAAAGAACUUGUCUGAGCAUCAAAAAUAUUUUGGCUCCUCCAUGGGGGCCAAUUUAGCUGGUUCUCUUAAUCUUGGCCAGUCCCUUGGACUUGGAUCCACUAUCAGGGCCAUUGCCCAGGAUGAUGGCACCUACCCAAGUGGCACCCGUUCCAGACCAUCAUCACGCCCCUCCUCCCGCCCCUCUUCUGUCUAUGGCUUGGAUCUAUCUAUCAAACGGGACCUAUCCAGCUCCUCGCUUGGCCUUAAAACAGAAGGAGAGGUCCUGGAUGCAGCAUUUGCCCCUGGGGUGGCCAGAGCAAAGCCCACCAGUUUACCUAUCAGCCAAAGUAGAGGCCGUAUCCCCAUUGUGGCUCAGAACUCUGAGGAGGAGAGCCCUUUGAGCCCAGUGGGCCAACCUAUGGGUAUGGCUAGAGCCUCAGCUGGACCUCUCCCUCCCAUCACUGCUGACUCCAGGGACCAAUUUGGGUCCAGCCAUUCCCUGCCAGAGGCACAGCAACAUAUGAGGGAGGAAUCUCGGACGCGAGGCUAUGAUCGAGACAUCGCAUUCAUCAUGGAUGACUUGCAAGGCGCCAUGUCUGACAGCGAAGCACUAAGUGAGUCCAUGCUGGCUUUGAACAGAGAUGAUGCCAGAAUCUUUCAUGAAAGUAUCAGACACGCUGGAGGCCCAAACUGGAAUAUAGAAGCCUACCACCUCAGGAGAGAGGACACAGAUUGGUUUGAUAAACCAAGAGAAGGGCAUCCGCAGAGCGGAAACGUGUCAGACAGGAGACAGAUGAAACUGGUCCCUUAUGCCUUUCCUCACACUUGCAUCAAGCUGAAGAGAGACCCGAAGGACACCAGUGUGUCAGGGAAUGGACUUGGGAUCCGUGUGGUAGGUGGGAAGGAGAUUCCAGGGAGCCGAGGAGAGAUUGGAGCCUACAUUGCCAAAGUUAUCCCUGGUGGUGUGGCAGAACAAACAGGAAAAGUUAUAGAGGGAAUGCAGGUGUUGGAGUGGAAUGGAAUCCCUCUGACGGGAAAGACUUACGAAGAAGUGCAGUGCAUCAUGGGCCAGCCGUGUGCAGAGGCGGAGCUCUGUGUGAGACUCGACCUUAAUAUGCUGUCUGACCCUGAGCACCCACAAGCCCUGGAGCACCAUGUCCAGCUUAAGGCUGUGGGUGGGCAGCGUUCCCCUGGUGUGGAUCCUAAGCAGUUGGCUGCAGAACUGCAGAAAGUGUCCCAGCAGCUGGCUCCUGGUGUUGCUGGAGCAGGGCUUGGGCCUGGGGGUUUGGGGGUCCUCUCUGCACUGGAGCGCUCUGCUCUCCUCCACUCAGGUCCUGGAUCAGCUGCCUCCAGUGGUGUGCCAAGCCCCGGUCAGCCCGCAUCCCCUGCCAUAAACAAGAAACAACGACACAAGCCAAUAGAGGUAAUGAGGAUACCUCACCCCAUCACUGGAGAAAUUCAGCUCCAGAUCAACUAUGACAGGAACCUGGGAAACUUGAUCGUCCACGUCCUGCAGGCUAGAAACCUGGCCCCGAGGGACAACGACGGCUACUCUGACCCUUUUGUCAAGGUCUACCUCUUACCUGGGAGAGGCCAAGUCAUGGUUGUCCAGAAUGCAAGUGCUGAUAACAAGAGAAGGACCAAGUAUGCCCAGAAGACCAUGAACCCAGAAUGGAACCAGACUGUCAUCUACAAAAACAUUCAUCUGGAGCAGUUAAAGAAAAAGACGCUGGAGGUGACAGUUUGGGACUAUGACAGGUCCUCCUCCAAUGACUUCCUUGGAGAAGUGUUGAUUGACUUGUCGAACACGGCCCAGCUCGACAACACUCCUCGAUGGCUGCCGCUGAAGGAGCAGAGUGAGAGCAUUGAGCACAACAAAGCCCACCAUGCUGCUCAAGGCCCUCCGGGGUCUGGCGCAGGUCAGGGUUAUGGUCAGGGACACAGCCUAGGCCAUAUGUCAGGCUCUGGGAUGGGGCCUGGGCAUGGUAUGGGACAGGGUCAUGGACCAGAUGGGAGUCAUGAUUCACCUAAAACCUCUGUAAUCAAGAGCAGAAGCCAUGGAAUCUUCCCUGAUCCAGCCAAAGACAUGCAGAUGAUGCCUUUGGAAAAGUCACACAGCAGCCCAGGCAGCUCCAAGUCUUCCUCUGAUGGCCAACUGCGCUCCCAUGGCCCCUCCCGAAGCCAAAGCAAGAGUAGCGUCACUCAGGCCCACCUUGAGGAUGCUGGGAUAGCCAUUGCUGCUGCCGAGGCUGCCGUGCAACAGUCCCGCCUGCAACCAAGACCAGGACACCGACUGGGAGAUGUCUCAGGGUCAGUGGUGCUGUCUGCCCCGAGUCUUGUGGGAGACGCCUACGGAGGUCUGGAUGGGGAAGAGGGGGCAGGGACUGGAGUGGACAGUGCCAUAUUUCAAGUGCCACGCAUUGGUAAGACUAUUCCUAACGGCACCGACAAAAACCAACUAGGCACCCCAGAAAAUGAAGGCGGUAAAACACAAGUAAUGGGGGAGAUCAAGGUGGCUCUCAAGAAGGAGGUGAAGACAGAAGGCGACCAACUGGUCUUGGAGAUCCUUCAAUGCAGAAAUAUCACUUAUAAAUUCAAAAGCCCCGACCACCUGCCAGACCUAUACGUGAAGUUGUAUGUGGUAAAUGUAGCCACUCAGAAGAGAAUCAUCAAGAAGAAGACCAGAGUUUGUCGACAUGACAGAGAGCCCUCUUUCAAUGAGACCUUCAGAUUCCCCCUCAACUCAACUGGACACUCCAUUCAGCUUUUCUUGGUGUCCAACGGAGGCAAGUUCAUGAAGAAGACCCUGAUAGGGGAAGCCUACAUCUGGCUGGACAAGGUAGACAUGAGGAAGAGAGUGGUCAGCUGGCACAAAUUGUUCGUCAGCUCCACUCAGACCAACCCCUGAGCGCCGUCCAGAUAGAUAAAAAGGUGAAGCCAGAAUGUACUAGUUCAGAGAUGAUUUAGAGAAAAAGUUCAGUUCAGAAGUUUUAAGAAGGAGGGAAUUAUGUGCUAAUACCAUAACAACUUUAUCAGUCCAACACUGCCAGCCCACAUGUCCACCUCAUAUCGAGUUUGUGCUGGCUGUGCUUGAUUGUGGGAUGCAAACAUGCAAAUACCACAGCAGGCACUGCAACAUGCAGCAAUAUGGCUUUUAGAGCAGGGUUGUCUUUCUUACCUUAGUUCCACUCCAUGAUCCACAUGAGACUUUGUUGUUUCGGUGUUGUGCAACUAAACAAACAUAUCUAUCAGAAGGAAAGAUGAAGAAAAAAAAUUGAAUUUGAUCAUUAACUGAAUUAGCAUUGUGUUUUCAUUGUUGAAAUGCCCAAGUGAUGGUUGUGAUGUGUGUGAAAACCAGUGGUCUUGAAAUGCUUAAUGAUGAAGGAAUGUGUAAUGUUCUUUUGUAUGAUAGUCUUUUAGCUUCAUGUAAAAAGAAGAAAAAAACGAGUCAGCAGUUGACUUUUGCUAUGGGAUGAAGACAAAAUGUACAGCACUACAGAUUGUAGAUAUCACACAUGCAGAUUACAGAGCAUAUCAGAGAACCACAUUGUACAGUGUGAUGUUUAUAUAAUAUACAAAGAUAUCAGAUGCAGAAUAUAUCUAAAUACAGUAUCAUGUAUAAGAGUUGUUCUCUUGUCACCAGAUUAUUUAUAAUAAAAAUAUAGACAUAUGAUCUCUGUUUAAGGUUGUGGGUGACGCACUGACAAUCCAGUAGGCUACUUUAGUCUAUGGUGUAGGCAGUCUAAAUAGCCGUUUUGUGAAUGUGGACCUCUGAUCACACUGAUGCACCAUUAGAUAUUUAACAGGGCUGUGAUUACACAUUUUAAAGGUCAAAGUCAACAUCCAGUGAUCCAUGCUAUUGUGUAAGGCAGGUUAGAAUUACAAUAAAAUGAACAGCAUUUUGGUUUUCAAAAUCCAAAACACUUGCUGUGUGGAAAGUUACAAGCCAACUGUAGAGGAUGACAAGAGUUUAUCACAUCUGUGUCAUGUGUACGACAUUUUACUUUAAGGCUGUUGUAGUUCAGAGCUCAGAGUAGCUCAGAGUAUGCUAAUAUUUCUUUCUGUGUAGCUCAUCAUGUAAUUACACUGUUGGAAUGAACAUGUAAUUUACACAAGUUGUGUCAAAACCAUCUGUGGAUCUGCAACUGCCAUCGCUUCAGUAUGACAGCUUUGCUUUCUGUGUAUUAGUAAAACCCCCUGGUCUGAGUUUUACCUAAAAAUAAUUUCAAAUGAAAAAAAAAAAUGUUCUUACCAGUCAAAUGUCAAGGUUUCUCUGUGUCCGGCUGUGCUGUAAAACUCACUAUGCUGUUUUUAUGUGAGUGACUCUCGCAACACAGUAAACCAGCCUUUUUCACUGCCUGUGACCAAAACACUCACUCAGGCCCACUGGAGUUCAGUCAGAUGGGGGCCAAGUCUCAGUACUAAUUUGGAGCAGGUGAGCCAUGUAUUCAUCUUGUAAUGUUAUGCCUCCAUAUCUAUAGAAAGAAAAAGAAAAAAACACUAACAAAUCAGAAUCCCUCAGAACUACUGUCGGUGUAUUUAAGCAUAUCACUGGGCUGAUGCAAUUUUUUUAAAGAAUUAAACAUAACAGAGGAAACAACAAAGACACUAAGAACACGAUGUCACUUAAAUCAUAUAGCAAAGGAUAACAAAAAAGAGAAUAUAAUAAAGAAGGGAUUGUGGUUAAUUUUUCAGAUAUUUAAUUUGCUGUGCCAACCUCACUUUUUUUUAAAACUCCAGACCCAUUGGUUCUUAAUUCUAUGCAACAUAGAUGUGUUUGAAUGUAUUUUUUUUUUUUUUUUGGGAACUUAAUGUUAUAUCUGGGAAGAUAUUGUCUAAAAGAAAUUUGUAGAAAAAUUACUUUAAUUUGUACAUCAUUAAAAGAAAAUAUUAAAUAUAUUGAUUUUUUUUUACUGAUUUUCAUAUAAAUUGAUGUUAACAGCUGUUAACUUCUACACGGAGCGUGUGCACUUUAUUAUUACAUUGUUUAUUUUCUUGUCUUAUUUUAACUGUCAUGACAUGCAAGAUUAUGUGUUUUGUGUUUCUGCACUGAAAUGAACUGAAUCACGGUGUAUGGGGGUGGCAGAAAAUAUUGUGGUGUGCAUUUUGUAUCUAUGUGGCAAAAGAAAAACAUACAAACACGUUGGGGUUCCUAAACACAAUGCACAAUCUGGGGAGAAAUGACCCUUACAGUACAUCAUGCUCAUAGUCUAUUUACCAGUCUGUGUACAACGUACAGUAAAUGAGACAUAGUCCCUCAAUGCUCAGUCAUGACUGUUUAACCCCUCGUGUUUCAUUAGACCUUCCUUAAGCUAAUUACUGUUUGUUCCGAUUGGCUGUUGCCUGUAAUUGUGAAACCAUCCAUUUGUUGUUGUCCUGAGAGGUGUGGAUGUGACUCAAGUCCUUUGACAUGUGUACAUAAAGUGUUUAUUUUCUACAAAGAUUGAAUGUUUAUAUCGUCCGAAGUUUGAGCAUGUGAGUGUCGAAAAAAAAUCGCAAAAGACUUAUAAUUGUACAGCAAUGCGUGUCUAUAGUUGUAUAAGGGGAGAUGACUGUGUAAUCAAAACAUGUGCUGUCAACCAAUGACUGUCUGUGCAACCACGUCCCGUAAACGGCUGAAACAACACAAAGGGAAAAAAAAUCUAUUCAACUUCAAUAGUUGUCUGAGACUUUGUGUUUUGGAUGUUGCAUGUUUUGUUGAUGGUUUGUCUGUAUAUUUUGCCUACAGAUUAUGUUUAAAAAGAGAAAUAAUAUGUAUAGAUUUAUCCGUAUGCUGACUGUAAAGAAAUAUGCUUGUAAAAUUGUCUUGUUUUUCACUCAGUGUAAAAACAAAGAAUCUAAUGUUAUGGUUUUGUGGUUGUACACAGGAUGUGUAGAGAUAUUAUGCAAAUUGUGCUGUAAAAGAUCAGCUGUUUCCCCUGAGUCUAAAGAAAAAAAGAAUAAAUAUUAAGAAGAGCUAUAUUACA